GUGUGUGUGUGUGUGUGUGUGUGUGGCGACGGAGACGAGAUGAGGAGGAUUGCUGCACUCGCUCACUUACUUUGUUUGCUUUUGUUCCUCAACCGCACACACUACACGUCACGCCAGACAUCACAUCACACACCGCAUACGCUGUCUCUUGCCUUUGUCCUUAGAUGGGAAACGUGUUUGGAUCACACCAGAACCUCAACAUGACUGCCAAGACCCUCGUCGAGAAGGCCCUCGCCAACAACACCGUCGUGGUGUUCUCCAAGACCUACUGCCCCUUCUGCACCCGCGCAAAGGCGGCCCUCAAGGAGAAGGGCAUUGAGGCCCUCAUCAUCGAGCUGGACCAGGGUGAAGUGACCUACGGCGACGAGAAGGCUGAAGGCGCUGAUGUCCAUGCCAUCAUCAAGUCCGUGUACGGCCACCGCACCGUGCCUGCCGUCUUCGUCAAGGGCAAGCUCGUUGGUGGCUGCGAUGAGACCCUGGCUGCCCUCAAGUCUGGCAAGUUCAUGGAGCUCGUGAACGCGUAAGCAUGCAACACCCGUCCCCUCUCGUUUUGUUUUCGCCAAUUGUUUGCGUUCUCGUUGUCACUCUCCUCGUGAUGCAAGCGCAGCACAUGCAGGCACAGAUACGCGUGCGUGUGUUGUCAUGAUUGCUCCAUGGUUGAGUGUGUAGGCAUGUGCCAGUUCUGUGCGCACCAUCGCAAUGCAACAUCAGUAAAUCCCCACAAGGAAGACCGACCCAUCACCAACCACAAC